AGAACUGUGAGAAUCUAGCUCUUUCUCACACUGGUUAGGUGACGCAUUCAAAGGGGAGGAAACCACGGUGACAUUGUCAUAUAAAGGUGACACAACAAGCUCUUCCACUACAAGACACCAAGACUGCCAAGACCUCAAAGACCGACUGCUUUCACAAGACAUAACGAUGGCCAGCAAACCCUUAAAGACUGCUGCAGAGGAGCUGAGGAUUGUGGUCCUGGGAAAGGAUGAAAAUAAGAAUAGAGAACUCAUCAACAAGAUCCUUGGGACCGAGGGUAUGACCAAGGGAGUGUAUGACGGGGUGCCAGUGGUUUUCACAGAGGGACCUGGUCUUCUCAGCACCAACCCAGCAGAAAACCCCGUCAAGGUAAUCAAGGGCAUCGCAUGUAUUGCUCCUGGUCCUCACGUGUUCCUGUAUGUGAAGGAUACUGAGCCUUUCACUACAGUAGAACAGAAGGAAGUAAAAACCCUUCUGUCCAUACUCAAAGGUUCAAAAUCUCAUUUCUUGGGGGUUGUCCUGAACAAUGGACCCAUAAGCAAGGAUGAUGAACGUGAAAUAAACAACAGCUUCAUGAAAGACUUCGGCAAUGGUUUCAUUGUUUUCAACAAAAGAGAGCCCAACGUGUCUGAGAUAAUGAAGAAGAUCAAGAAGAUAGGCAAAAAGGGACAUUACACCAACAAAUUUUACGAAAAAAUGGAUCCAAAAGUAAAUUUACAAGACAUAAUUAUUGCCGAGUCUAAAGAAGUCCUUUCUAAACUCUUGGGAGAGGAUGUUUAUGAUUUCAUUGAGAAAUGUAUUGAGAAGGCUGUAGAAAAGUGCUUUUGAGCGACUAUGGAGUAGUGUAGUCGCAGAGAGGCUAAGCAGGGGAAAAGGGACUUUACCUGCAUGACAUGCUGGCUGUGAGAUCAAUAAAAACUUCAAUUUCAAAAAGGAAAGUUGAUCAGUUUACAUUUAUUGUAGCUAAAAAAACGCAAGCAGUGAAAAAAUUCCAUAAUACUAAAAAACAUCCGAGACGGUGCCUUUAUCUUUACAUUCAGCGGUCAGCAUUGAUUGUUUGCUGUUAAUAACUGAUAUUUUGAAAUUUAAGGAUCACAGAGCCACUAAAUUUGACUCUUUUGAACUAUUUUGAACUCUGUGAGCCAGAGACUUAAGACAAGGAGCUUCUCUUUUAUUCUGUUUUUUGUACUUCAUGAAGCACCAGAUUUAUUCCAGCUGAGUAACAUAAGUAACACAGUAAAAUUUGACAUAACUGCAGUUUUAGUAGUGUAAUGUAAUGGAGUACAUUUACUCAAGUAGUCCAGUAUACUUCUACUCAAGUUCUGACACUUGCACUACACUAAUAUGACAGCUGGAGGUAUUUUGGGCAUUGAGUAUAAUAAUGCCACUAGACAAGGAGGACAAAUGUAAAAAAGUUGAAAAUGAGCUCAAUGUUUAUGACCAGCAACAUUAAAAU